UUUAGUGAAGUGAAGUGGAGGGAGAGUGGAUUGGCAAUAAAAUAAUUUAUUACAGAAGAGCCUUGGAUUUUUUUUAUUAUAAUUUAAAAACUUUUUGUAUAAUAUAUUUGCAUUUAAAUUAAAUAUAAAUUUAAAGGGUUCAUUUUAAUCUGCGGUAUAAACAAAAAAAAACAUCUUAAAUUGAGUGAUUUUGUUUUUAGUUCAGUUAUAGUUUUAUUUUUAAAUCAUUAAAUAUACAUAAAAUUCAAGCAUAAACUCAAUAUGACAGAUUAUAGCGAUUUAGAUCGCCAAAUUGAACAACUUAAAAGAUGUGAAAUCAUUAAAGAAAAUGAAGUCAAAGCACUAUGCGCAAAGGCUCGAGAAAUUCUUGUUGAAGAAGGAAACGUUCAACGUGUUGACUCCCCAGUCACCGUGUGUGGUGAUAUACACGGUCAAUUUUAUGAUCUCAAAGAAUUAUUUAAAGUUGGAGGGGAUGUCCCGGAAACAAAUUAUUUAUUUAUGGGGGAUUUUGUGGAUAGAGGUUAUUACAGCGUGGAAACGUUUCUUCUUCUGCUAGCUCUCAAGGUUCGUUAUCCAGAUCGAAUCACAUUGAUACGAGGUAAUCAUGAAUCUCGUCAAAUAACUCAAGUAUAUGGUUUUUAUGAUGAAUGCUUGCGUAAAUAUGGUUCAACGGCUGUAUGGCGUUAUUGUACAGAAAUUUUCGAUUACUUGAGUUUGUCAGCAAUAAUUGAUGGAAAAAUAUUUUGUGUUCAUGGUGGUUUGAGCCCAUCAAUACAAUAUUUAGAUCAAAUACGUUCAAUUGAUCGAAAACAGGAAGUACCACACGACGGACCAAUGUGUGAUUUAUUAUGGAGCGAUCCAGAAGAUCAAAUGGGAUGGGGUGUUUCACCACGUGGUGCCGGUUACUUAUUUGGUUCAGAUGUUGUUACUUUAUUUAACAAUACAAACGACAUCGAUAUGAUUUGUCGAGCUCAUCAAUUGGUAAUGGAAGGUUUUAAAUGGCAUUUUGCUGAAACAGUACUAACAGUGUGGUCGGCGCCUAAUUAUUGUUAUAGAUGUGGUAAUGUGGCAGCAAUUCUUGAAUUAAACGAAAACCUUCAAAGAGAUUUCACUAUUUUUGAAGCUGCCCCACAAGAAAGUAGAGGAAUACCUUCGAAAAAACCACAGGCUGAUUAUUUCCUAUAAACUAAUUUAAAAACUAUAAUUGCAUAAUUACAUAAUACUUUAAUUUUUUUAAUUUUUUGUUUUGUAAUAUUAACGAUAACUUAAUUUGUUUUGAUAACCUAUGUUUUACAUUAGAAUAACAAAACAAAAAGAUUUUUUUAUAAAAAUUUAACGUUUAACAGAUUUCAAACAAUUGUAGUUCAGCAGUGAAAAUCAUAUUAACGAGGUUUUUUUUAAAUAUGGUCAUUUUAAAUUAUUGAAAGCGAAAUAUGUUGUCUAGGUUAUGUUUAUUUUCAUAAAUAAAUUUUUAUUUUUAUAUACUACUCAUCAUACAUCUUUAAAAAAAAUCAUUAAAUUAGCAAGUUUUUUUAAACCCAAUUGCUUACUAAUUAAAAGUUUCAACAUGCAUACGCUUUAAAGGGCGAUAUAUAAGAAGAUAUAAAAUAAAACGUUAAUUAGCUGGCGACUGGGAUUAAUGAAAAUGGCGCUAAGGGUUAUCUACAAUAAUUUUAUAUUAAAAAUAAUUAUACAUGUAUGUAUUUAGAUUUUAAAUAAUUUUACAAAUAUAAAAAAAAUCAUAAUGUAAGAUAAAACUGAUAGUAAGUUAGUUUAAUUAAAAAAAAGAAAACAAAAAUUUAUAAUACAAUAGUAGUAAUAAGACAAAAAGAAAAAAAUAAAUUUAUUCACUUUUUUGUAAUCAAAUGAAUGAAAUCAAGCUGAAAUGAGGUAUUUAAAAAAAUAAAUUUUGAUGCAACAUUUUUAAGUAAUUUGAUUUUCUUGAAAAUCAUUCUUUAUUAUAAAAUAUUACUAAGUUAUUUUUAUGUAUAUUUCAAGAUAAUUUUAAUGUAAUUGUAUUUCAAUAAUAUUUUGAAAAAACAAAUAUGCAUUCAAGACGCAGUCCAGAAAAGGCGCUAGGAAAAGAAUAACUUAAUGUUGAGAUAGCGCUGCCUAACAACUUUUUUAUAAAAAUUUGCACAUACAUAAAUUUACAAAGGGAAAUAUCUUAAUUAAAGAAAAAUUAAGAAGUAAAAUGGUUAAAAGCAAUUUUAAAGAAAAAUUCAAGUUGCUUUUUGAAAAACUGAAGAUAGUAAGCAAAACAUUAAGAGUAUCUAAAAUAAACUUUGUCUUAUACAUAUAUUUAUAAUAAUGUUAGGUAAUAGGAAAAUAAAAAACAUAAACAAAUUUAUUAAAUAAAGAU